AAGUAAUCGACAAUAUCAAAAAUAAAAAAAAACAUAACCAAUGAUUCUCCAAUUAAGUAGCCUUAGAUUCUCCAACCAUAAUAACCACCACCGCAUGUCGGAAGUAUCUUUAUCACCUCUGCAAGCUUUCCGGUCCAUUGUCACCGGAAACCUACACCCGUUACUGGAAAGUCUGAAACUUGGAUCGGACUUCUUGUCCUUGAAAUGGAUCCACGAAUGUUUUCAGGUGUUACCCAUAUUGAACAAUGAGUUUGCGAAGCUUAUGGCGGAGAUAGAUUAUCCAGUGAGCAGUUGGGAAGCUGGUUCCAUUGACGAGUAUCUUGAUUACACCAUGAGCAUAUUGGAACUCCUGAAUGCGAUUAAUUCUUCUCUUUCUCAUCUUAAUCAAGCUCGUGUGUCACUCUCACAUGCUUUGAGCCUUAUGGAAAGCACACCGGCUAUGGGUGUGGAACGGAUGAGAGAGAUUACGUUGCAUGAUUCCAUCAAGGGAUUUAAAGGUAGUGGAGGGGAUGAAGAAAGGAAUCGAAAAGGGAAAGAAAGGAUCUUUCAUGAAGCUAUUUUGGUAAUGAAAGGUACUGCUUUUUGGGUUUGUGGGGUUGUGUUAUAUGGAUUAAGGAGUGAUGUUUGGCCGCUUAUGGAGAUUAUGAAAAGUGGGGUGGUGGUGGAUUGUUGCUUGAUGCCUCUUGAUUCCAUCUUUAGGAAUAAGAUCAUUGAGAAAAGGGGAUUGGUAAAGGAAGUGGAAGAUGUGAAUGAGACUGUGCGUAUGAUUGUAUCCAAGGGAAUUGGUGAUUUUGAUGUUGCGAUGGAGUUGAAGAGAAGAUUGGAGAUGGUUAGAAAUGGGUUGAAGGGUUUAAAAGAAGAAGAAGAAGGUUUGUUUGCAGAGGUUAUGGCUGCUAGGAAUGAAGUGCUUGAGACACUUAGAAGGAAAAAUAAAUAGUUAGCAAUUACAAUACUUUUUUGUAUAUAACAAACGUAAAAUCAUGUAGACAUGCAAAAUAGUGUUGUAAUAUCUUUAUUUCAUGUUGUCAAAAAGAAUUAUAGUUGUUUUAGGUUUAAGUGGCAUCACGCCAAUGAAAUUUAGGAAGUUGCUAUUCCCUGUCAUUUGUAUUCAACUUUGCUUUAAAUUUGCUUAUGAUGUGAUAUGAAUUCACCGAUA